CCCUCUCUCUAGCGCGCGGCUCUCAGGCUGAGAGUCUCAGCCUCCGCGUCGCGACGCUCCCUCCGACGCCUCCCCCCGGCAUUACGGAUUAUGUUAAUAUUCGAACACUUGGAGACCCUGCGAAUAGAGCAGAAGAAUGUAAAUGAUACGUAUGUUAACCGCUCGAGAUUCGAGGGGUUUCCGACGAUAUAUCUUAAUAUCGGGGAUUAAAAAUGACUUUUUCUUAAAGCGAGGUAUUUCUUUUUUUUUAGAAUCGCUGCUUCUUUCUGACAAAAUUCUUUACUGUCGUUUAUAAGAUACAAAGCAACGGGGAUAAGUAUUAAUCAUGCGUUCCGUGAAAAAUAACCUGUUAAAGUCAAAGAAAUAUUUUAUAGAAUUUAGAUUUACGAAUAAUGUAUUGCGACAAAUUUUUAUAAUUUGAUAGAGAAGGCUAUGAGAAAGCAAAUAAUAUUUAAAAAAUUAUUUCCCAAAGUACCGUUAGCAGCUUAUUAUAAUUAGUAUAAUAAUAAUUUAUAAUAUAAUUACCAUUAUUAUAUAAUGUGAUAAUAUAAGAAUAGUGAGAUAAUGAGUGCAUUCGGAGAGAUGCCAUUAGAUGCUAUCAAUAACAGUCUAUUUUUGUUCUACUUUUAGUGAGCAAUGAAGAUAAACUGAUGUUGAUAGCGUUUUCUCGAACGCACCCAAUAUGUAACAUGCGAGAAGAUGCUACCUGCGGAAUCUGCGUGUGGAAUAAAAAUGUGGCGUACGGAAUUCGAAUGCGAAAUGUAGAUGUUGCGUAUAGUACAAGGAGCGAUCUCGCGCUGCGCGUUUACAUAGCGCGAAUGUAUUACACGGAGAAAAAAAUUAGUUAAUUUUUAUAUUGAAAAUUCGUUAAAAAUUACUGUGUAAGAAUGUGGGUACAAGUGCUUUUUCAUAUAUAUUUUACUACACUAAAUUAAAAAUUUGAUCUCAAUUUUUUCGAAAAAUUGAUCCAUUUAUUUGAAUUUGUGUAUAAAAAAUAGUAAUUUUUCUUUUAUUCCUUUAUAAAUUUCCACUAGAAAAAACGUUUGCACUUAAUUUAUAGUCGACCACGGUACUUUUCUAUAAUUUUUUUCUCAGUGUAUCUCUCUUGAACAAUUUGUCAUUAAAAUUUUACACAUUUAUUUUAAUGGAAGUUAUUCAACAUAACAAAAUGUGUCAUGUAAAAAUUAUUUUAUUGGAAAUAAAGUUUUAUAGUUUUAAAAUUACAAUCUCAAAAAAUGUCUACUUCCUCAUUUCUUUAAUUCUUUGCUUUUAUGAAAUUCAAACAUAAGAAUCACGGUAUCGUGUCUCCACCGAUAUUAAAUCCGAUAGUUACGAUACUGUAUUAUUUACAAGCGGAGGGGGAAGGUUCAAACAGUGUUUGGAAAUAUUCACGUCUCGUCUGCCAACGAAUAUCUUGUCUGAAAAGUCAUUUCAAAAGAAUAUCGAAGAAUCUUGGCAGUAUAUCGGAAUCAUACUUAAACAUCGAGUGCUAUUCAAACUGGUUGAAUUGAUUCAAAAAGGCAUGGAGAAACCGGUGCCAAAACGAGAUCAGAUGGAAGAAUCUGACGCAUCCGAAAACAAUGGUGUAACUCAACGCGUUGAAAAAUCGUUGGAUCCAAGUAUUUGUUUAUCCUAUGACAUUAUGAGACAUAUCUUUCAAUAUUUAAGAGGUAUGGAUCAGGUGAACGCCGCGCUUGUUUGCAAAUUGUGGUUGGCAAAUUAUUUUAAAUGGUUAAGACGUCCUCUUUGCUCUUACGUUUCAUAUAGUGGCUUAGGUGAUAUUGUAAAUUAUUUGAAUAAUGUAAAAGUUAUUAAACCAUCAAUAGGUUUCUAUUUUAUUAAUUGUUUGCCACACAAAUAUCAAGAUUGUAGUCUACAGUGUAAUUUUUUAGACGAUUGUAUUGGUGUUUUCCUUCCUGCACAUUGUGAAACUAUGAAGUUAUUUAGUCCAUUUAUGUUUGUGGACAUGAGCAUAAGAGUAAAACAACCCGAUAAGUGUCACCUGUCAUGUGCUUUCUUGCCACAAAUUCCGAAAGUAGAAAUAAAAUCAUUUAAAUUAGAAGUAGAAAAGGAUUGUAUCAUACAGAAAACAGAUGAAUUUCGGGAGAUAAUUUGUGCAAUUAAUAAUUAUAAAACAUCUAUAUUAAAUCGUGAGACAUCUACGUGUUUCAUGUUAUUCAGUAAUUAUCCGGGUCAAAUGAGAGCAGAACGUUGGGCCUCAAUAAUACAAGACAGCAUAGGAAAUGAAAUAGCUUCUGUAUGGGGUGGUGUGUUCGAAGACGUUUAUUCAAGAAAAUUACUACUCUUUAAGAAAAAAGAUCAGAAAGACGAGAAAAUAAAGGAAGAAUAUAUCUUAAAGGGCAUACCAUAUUGUGUUGCUAUCCUGAUCAUUGGUUCCAUGCAAACGUGGUCUGUGAUUUUGGAGGAGAAAUGCAAUACAAAAGAGCAGAUUGAAGCAAGAUUAAAGUUAUUUAAGAACAAAGUAAAAUUAAACACACAUUCCAUAGGAUUUAUGUUUGUUGCUGAUUUUGACAGAAAUGAAUUAUAUAAAAAAAGUAAUGUGGAAUCAACAGCAUUUAAAAAAUUAUUCCCCAAAGUACCUUUAGUACCUUGCUUUAAUUAUGGUGCAUUUGGGAAAAAUACUAUAGUUGAAACAAACGAUGAAAAAACUAGUAAAAUGGAAGAGAGAAAACCUGAACUUUGGUAUAAUGAAAAGGGUACUGUAUUUUUAAUACUUACAUAUGGUUGAUAAUUUGAAAGAAAAUAUGCAUGAGAAAAAGAGGGAAACUGAAAGAGAGAGAAGAAGUGCUAUUUGUUUCAUAAACAUAAAACAUAUUUUCGUACAUUGCUUUCAGGUCUUAUAUUUUUAAAUCUUUUUUGUUAAUAAAACAUAAAAGCAAUUAUGCCUCUACUUUCACAAAAUACCAACAUAUUAUACAAUAUAACAUAUCUUAAUAAUAUUUUUGAGCAAAAAAAUUUUAUCUUUAGAUGUAAUUUGCAGAAACACAUAUUACAUGAGUUUUUAAAAUAUCUAAAGAAAAUAAAUUAUAAUUUAUGUGUAAUAAUAUGUUAUAAUCGUUUUACAUUUUUUAUUCUUUCGCGUUUAUUUCUAACUGACAGAUUUAAACAUUGAGUUUAAACAUUGAGUUUGAAUGCGACUUCAUAUGUGUAAAUUUUUAUUGUAUCAAUAAUCUAAUGUUUUAAAA